AUGACGGAAGUUCCACAAUUAUCUCACUCAAAGAAUGAAAAUAGUAGUGUGCAAAUAUUUUGUGACGAACCGGGUUGUAAUAAAUCAUUUAAAAGAACAGAUCACCUUACGAGGCAUAAACGCAAUCAUACAUCUAAGAAUUUGUUCAAAUGUACGUGGCCUGGGUGUAAUAAAUCGUUUGUCAGAAGGGAUGUAUGGUCUAAGCAUACACAACGUCAUGUUGCGAGACAAGAAAAACAAAAGGACCUUCGAACUGGUCGUAUACAAUUUUUAGAGAUAUACACACCUACAUCUAAUUUCGAUGAAUUAAAUAGAAAGGUUAAGAAUUCUUCUAAUAGUCCACCAAUUCCUAAGAAUCAUGAAGGAUGCAAUUUAUUGGAUGACCAACAGUUUCUGUCUAUCCCAAGCGUGAAUUAUAAAUUUCAAAAUCAAAAGAUGUCUCUGAAGGACAAUUCUUCUAAAGCUUCAGUUAGUGAAUCUCCUAUUCCGAAUGAACAAAGAAACCUGCAUUCUAAUUGUCUUAAUGAUGAUUUCCAAGAGCAAAGUCUUAAUAGAAAGCAAGGGAUUAUUGAUAUUGAGAUUAGCCACCCGACUGUUUAUUGUUAUAGCUCUAAAACAUAUAUCAAUUCGACCAUAAAAAACCCAAGUAUCACUGAAAAUAAAGGAAAGAAUUCUGGAACAGUAAAUGAAUGCCUGGUGAUUGACGGAAAUAAAGAAAGCGUUUCUGAAAAAUUUGGAAACUUUACAAGUGGACCAGAAACAAAUAAGACUACACCUACAGAAUUAAUACAUUGGAUGUUAAACGGACAUGCACUGUAUUCAGAGCCGUUUCACAACUAUAUUGAUUAUUCUCCAGAUUCUCCCUUGAAGAACUUGUUAAGUAUCUCUUCUCCUUUCCCAAUUUCGAAUUGUCAAACCGAUGUGUCAGAGGGUACGAGAUCAAGGAUGCUUGAAUUUAUUCCUUCGCUUCUGCUUAACCUAGAUUUUAGUUUAGAUCAUAUUAAAAAAUGCAUAGGGUCUUACUGGAAUAUAUUUCAUGUUCAAUAUCCAAUUUUACAUAAGCCUUCCUUUUCUACGUUGGAAGCACAUCCUUUAUUAUUGUUGAGUAUGGUAUCGAUGGGGGCAGCCCUUCGCUCUCGUAAUAAUCGAACAGACAGCAGAGCUUUUAAAGAUAUAGGUAAGUUAGCGUAUGAAAUAGCCGAACCGUUAAGAUGGCUUAUUUUUUCAGCUAGUGAAAUGACAGAACAUAUUACUCCGUGGGUUAUACAAAGUUUGCUAAUUGUAGAGUGCUAUGAAAAUUCGUGCUCUAAUAGGAGGUUACAUCAGAGAGCAUAUUUACAUCAUGGAUUAAAAAUACAACUACUAAGAAGGAGUCCUCUACUUGGUGGAAAUUCUCUGAGAAUUAUUAAUAGUGAUGAUGGCCUAACUGACGAAGUCGAUGCUUGGAAGAAAUGGAUCGAAAUAGAAUCUUUAAAGCGAAGUGCAUUCAUGGCCUUUCUAAUUGAUGCCAUACAUGCAUUAAUAUAUGGCCAUGAGACAAUUCUAUUAACUCAUCAGGUAAAAUUAUCCUUGCCUUGUGAUGAAAUGUUAUGGGAAAUGACGGAAAGUACUUAUUUGCCGCCAAGCUCAGAAUCUCCUAAGUUUUUAAAUGCAUUAUCAAAUUUACUUCAUAAAAAAAGGGUUGAAACUGGAGCAUUUAAUAAGAGAAUUCUUUUUGCAGGAUUAUUAACCAUUAUGUUUGGUAUGGAACAAAGGGAUAUUCAGAUUAAAGAGUUUGAGUGGGAAUCAGUUAAAUCAUCGUGGAAAGAAACAGUAUUUGACGCUAUUGGAUUUUGGAUGGAAGAUAUGUCCCAGACAUUUUGUUGUGAUAUAAGAACUGGAUAUUAUAUACCGACAAAUACUGAGAUGCUACCCGAAUCCUUGAAGUUCGAUAACACAACUUGUAAACUAGCCAUGUAUCACCUUUCUCAAGCUUUUCUACGAGUUCAGCAGUAUGAUUGCAUCAUAUAUGCCGGAGCACCUAGUAGGAUGAAUGUUAGGACUAAUUACAAUGACUAUGAAAUCGUGAAGAAAAGAAUUCACGAAUGGGCUAAUUCAUACAGUGGAAGUGUGUCUGUCGUACAUGCAUAUUUAUUUAUAUCCGAGAUGUUAUUGAGCCUGGAUAAAUCGAAGGAAAAUAUUUUAUUAUCCUAUGAUCCUAGCGAAGAUCCAAUUUUGUAUAGACCAAAUGUUGUUGCUUCAUUAUUAUUCGUAAUUUGGUGUUACAAUUAUUGCUUGGAAGGGCCAGAGUCCAAUAUAUUUCCAAAUACUGACCAAACUACUCAAACCUCUUGUAUGAAAUCCAAUUAUUUACCAGAAAAAAUGAAUGGAUACAGCUACAUAAGUCGUAUUAAUACGUCAUUUAAACGCUCUUCUGUCGGAGAAACUAAGUUGAGUUUUAAAUUUGUUGAUAAAUAUGCCAAAGCUUUGGAUCAAGUUCAAGAAAAAAAUUGCACUGUCGGAUUAUUGAGGCUCUUUAAAGAGAAAUAUGAAAAUUGUGUUUCUCAAAUUUGUCAAGAGUAUGGCAAGCUUUUAGAGAAUUGUAUUCAAAGAAGUUUAGGCAAAACAACAAUUAUUUGUACCAAUAUGUACAAACAUUCUUCUUGA